AUGGCCUCCCCUGGUAUGCUCUACGUGACGAUGCAGCCGAAGCCCGGCCUGCCUCUCGCCCAAUUCCACGACUGGUACAACAACGAACACGGCCCCAUCCGCCUGCGCAUCCCCGAGAUCUUCACCAACGGCCUGCGCUACCAGGCCACCGACGGCGAGCAGCCGACGUUUCUCGCCGUCUACGACGUGACGCGCAUGUCCCACCUCGAGACGCCAACGUACCUUACCCUUCGCGCCAACCGAUCGCCCCGCGAAGCCGAGACCAUUGCGCAGGUCGACGUCAAGCGAUACUUUUUCGACGUCGUCUCCGAGAAGAAGGCACCCAGCUUCCGACCGAUUGAGGCGCUGACAGACGACGAGGCUGAAGGCAUCCAGCUGGUCGUCAACGAGACGACCCUGAAGUCGGCCGAAUCAGAAGCCGAAUACAAAAAGUGGUUCGAAGAAGAACACAUGGGCCUGCUGGCCAAGGUGCCGGGGUGGCUGCGCACGCGCUUCAUGAAGACAUCUACGAUCGAGAACGAAGGCAGGACGAUAUACCUGUCAAUCCACGAAUAUGCCAAGGAGAACGGCCUCGGCGGCCCCGAGCACCAGGCGUCCAUGUCGACCAAGUGGCGCGACGACAUUGCCCAGAAUCACAUUGCGACCAAGAGCCGCCGGACCUACUCUUUGUUCUACGUCUUCGGCCCGGGACCGCGGGACCUCGCCUCCCUCGCCGAGCUGCCACCGGCGGGCCAGGGUAUCACGUCGGACGGCGCCAAGACGACCGAGCUGCCCGGCGCGCACGAGGUCAUCAGCUCCUUCGUGACAACCGCCGACGGCCUGUCGAUCCCGUACCGCCUCGAGGGCAACACGUCGCCCAAGGCGCCCGUCGUCGCCUUCUGCAACAGCCUGCUGACGUCGAUGCACAUGUGGGACCCCCUCGUGUACAUCCUCAAGGAGAAGCGGCCCGAUCUGAAGAUCCUCCGCUACGACACGCGCGGUCGCCACGCGGUCCCCAGGCCAGAGCCCGCGACGCUCGACAUUGUGGCGUCUGACCUCGCGGCGCUGCUCGACGCGCUGCGCAUCCCGAAACUCGACACCCUCAUCGGCGUGUCCAUGGGCGGCGCCACGACGCUCAACUUUGCGCUGCAGUACCCGACGCGCCUCGCCAAGUUCAUCGCCUGCGACUUUAACGCAUCGUCGAGCGCCGCCAACACGCAGGCGUGGAAGGACCGGAUCGCCGUCGCCGAGUCGGACGGCGGCGCCGGCAUCAACAAGCUCGCGACGCAGACGGUCGGGCGCUGGUUCCACCCGGCGAGCCUCGAGAAGGAGACGAUCGUCAACCUCAUGACGGACAUGGUGGCGGCCAACAGCGUCGAGGGCUUCCGAUACGGCUGCCAGGCGCUCUGGGACUACGACCUCAGGCCGCAGCUCGGGGCGUGCCGCGUGCCGGGCCUCUUCGUCGUCGGCGACGGCGACGGCAAGGGCGCGCUCGUCAAGGCGAUGGAAGGGUUCCGGGGCAGCGUCGGCCAGGAGGGUGUCGAGCUGAGGAUUGUGCCGAAUACGGGGCACCUGCCCAUGUGGGAGGAUCCUCAGGCGUUCUGGACGGCCAUUGCGCCUUCCGUGUAA